UCUUCCCCACCAUAAAAACACUUCGCGUAGUUCCCGUACCCUUCACCGGCCUCGUCUGCCCCCAGACACCAAAAACGUUAACGUAUUACACCAAUCAUAUAAUACGCAAAAAAGCCUGGUCCGGUUCUCGACCGUUAAAACUAGCAAGACCAACCGUUCAGAUCCCACAAGGAACUUGUUUCUUUGUUUGUCUUCAUAAAAACCUUCCCUCGUUGUUUCCUAAACAUUCAAACUCUCUCUCUCUUUGUCAGUCUCCGUUAUAUCAAAGUCCUCGAUGGCGUUACGGUCUUAGGAACAAGAGCGAGAGCCAAAAAUGGUGAGGGGCAGCAUUGGAAUUUUCAAGAUACUAGCGGUGUUGUUUCUCGCCGUUUGGGAAACGACGGCGUAUAGGGAGCUGAGCCGGCAGCCACAGCAGCAGCAACAGCAACAGCAACAACAGCAGCACCGGAAUGCGUACGCGGCGAUGAUGUACAUGGGGACACCGAGGGACUACGAGUUCUACGUGGCGACACGCGUCAUGAUCAGAUCGCUCGUCAAGCUCCACGUGGACGCCGAUCUCGUCGUCAUUGCCUCCCCGGACGUCCCCCUCCGUUGGGUCCAAGCCCUGGAACAGGAAGAUGGGGCAAAGGUGGUGAGAGUGGAAAAUUUGAACAAUCCAUACAAGGAUCAGAACAAUUUUGAUAAAAGAUUCAAGUUAACCCUGAACAAACUCUAUGCAUGGAGCCUAGUGCAGUAUGACAGGGUGGUCAUGCUUGAUUCAGACAAUCUGUUCCUCCAAAAUACUGAUGAGCUCUUCCAAUGUGGUCAAUUCUGUGCAGCUUUCAUUAACCCGUGCAUCUUCCACACUGGCCUCUUUGUGUUGCAGCCAUCAAUGGAAGUGUUCAAGGACAUGCUUCAUCAGUUGGAUAUUGGGAAAGACAAUCCUGAUGGUGCUGACCAGGGUUUUAUUGGUGGUUACUUCCCGGACCUGCUUAGUCAACCCUUGUUCAAUGCACCUUCUGAUGGCUCCAAGCUUAAUGGAACCUACAGACUUCCUUUGGGCUAUCAAAUGGAUGCUUCCUAUUACUAUCUUAAACUGCACUGGAGUGUACCAUGCGGACCCAACAGUGUGAUUACUUUCCCCGGUGCAGCAUGGUUGAAGCCAUGGUAUUGGUGGUCAUGGCCUGUGCUUCCAUUGGGCAUUUCGUGGCAUAAACAACGUCAUCAUACUCUCGGGUAUGGUGCAGAGAUGCCUGUGUUUGUAAUCCAGUCGAUCAUUUUUCUUGGAAUAAUAGCAAUGACACGUCUAGCACGACCCAACAUAUCAAAAUUGUGCUAUAGGCGCUCGGACAAGGGCAUAAUACACACAACCCUCAAACUAAUAGCUAUGCUGUCCAUUCUAGCUGCUUACACAGCACCUUUCUUGGUCAUUCCUCACACGAUUCAUCCAAUACUAGGCUGGGGUCUAUAUUUCCUCGCCUCUUUCACCCUUUGCUUCAUUGCAAUCAAUGCAUUUUCGCUACCAACGCUGCCUGUUUUAGUACCAUGGAUUGGCAUUUUCGGUGUCCUUUUGGUCAUGGUUUAUCCUUUUCCAGACGGUGUUGUAAGAGCUCUCUCUGUGUUUCUCUAUGCAUUUUGUGCAGCACCAUUCUUAUGGGUGUCUAUGGUUAAGAUCAUAACAUCUCUUCAAGCCUCACUUGAAAGGGAAGCAUAUUUUCCUAAAAUUGGGUGACUCCUCUCCUAGUGUUUGAUCACUGAAGGCACAUACAAAUCCCCCAGCAUGAUAUUGCUAGAACCGGAAGAGGAAGACAAGAUUCAGGCAGAUAUGGCAACUUCUUUUUCGAAAUUGGAAGUUUGUAUUUUGGGGAAAAGGGAAAAUGAGUAAGAUGGAAGCUCUAAUUUUGCAUAGCCUUCCAUUGUUUUUUGUACUGUAAACUGCAUUUGAUAUUAGUUUGAACUGGACAGCAAGGGCAGUCCCACAGGAAAAACGUCUGUAAUUAUACCAGAUUUCUUCUAAGAUUUGCUUGAAUGGUUCAGCUCUAGUAUUUUUUAGUA